UGGCCCCAGGGCUGCCCCGCAGAGCAGAUCCAUGCAGAGGAGCAUGGCAGAACAGCAGGAGCUCCAGCUUUAGGAUGAACUGCUGCAGAGCAACAUCGAAAUUCAGCUUUUUGCCAUGGAAAUAAAGUGUGUAGAAACCGACAGCGGGGGCUUUUUGUUCCCCUCUGCUCGCAACUCACAUGGUAAAUGUGCACGAGGAAAUCGCAGCCACCAAACCAGCUGCUGGCUGAGCACUGCUCUGCAUUUCCAGCACAGAGGGGCUGGGAGCUCUGUGGCUAACACCAGACAGAGAGAGCUUUGCUCAUGGAACUUCACACCUCCUGCAGCAACUGAGCUGCUGGGCUGGGGCUUGCAUUGUGCCGGAGGGGUGCAGUGGAAAUGCGGUGCAGCAUGGAGCGGUCGGUGCCCUCAGUGUGGGAGCACUGAGAUGCUCAGGGGAAAAAAAGGAGCCGUCAUUCAUUGCUGUUGAACUUGGCCGGGCUGAGCUGGUGGGAGGAGGAGGCUGUGGAAGGAGCUGCUGCAACCACAGCUGAUGCUGGUGUCAUUAGCACAAACCUCCUGCGCUGCAGUCCCUGCUCUGAGCUGCACCCACAGCCAGCAGAGCAACCCAGCCACGGGCACGAGGUUUGUUUGGGUGCAAAAGCAAGCUGCAAUUAUUCAGCAAGGAGGCCUGAGGGGAGGAUGCUGCAGUGUGCACUUCUGGCACGGUGGUCCCAGGGACCCUGGGGGUCAACCCCGGGAGAGCUGGGCUGUAGGAUCCUGUGAUGGGAUGCAGCCCCUUAUCAGCACCGGCAGCUCGCUGAGUCCUGCCUGCAGGGCUGGCACAGGCUGGGAUUCCCACCACAUGAUUUAGGGGAAAUGCAAAGCCUGGAGCAGCCGCACAGCCCUCACCCCUCACGGUGCUGCUUCACUCAUCAGAGGUUCCCACCAGAAGUGCCAAGAAUGGGGAUGGAAAGAACCUCCAUGUGCUUCAGGAAGGCGGCCUGCAGGCGAGCAGGGCGAGAUGGAAACUGCUGCAGGCUGCGCUGGGGGCAGUUUCUGAACAAGGGACAAUAGUAAGACUUCCUUCUCCAAACGAAUGCCAACCGCUCAGCAUUAGAAACUGCUAAAAACAGCAGCUUACGUCAGCCUCAUGUGCAGUGUUCCUCUUUCAUCGGUCAUAUUAAGAAUUUCCCUACUUCUAUUAUUUAUCUGGGGCCGUUGCUUUACUUAGCACUUUCUCCCGGCAGCAGACGAGCUCCAACACGCAGCGUUAUCCAUGCAAAUUAAUGCAACACCACAGAUUGCUUCAGCCAGCCCGUCCUGCUGACUCCAAGCAUUGCCUGCCCAUGGUGGGAAAUCACUGUUUUCCAGCACAGCACCUCCUACAUGAACCCAGUUUCCCCUAAUGAGCUCCAGCCCACCUUGGCCACCCUUCCACAGCCGUCCCAGACCAUCACCAGGUGGAGGCCCCUCAUCCCAGGCACCCCCAUGGCUUCUUGUCUUCCCAAAAGGGGAAGAGUGAGAAUAAAUGACUUUCUCAUUGCACCAGGACGGGGUUGUGGGGGUACUGGUGAGGACACAACUUUCAGGCACAAAUUACAAGAUCUCAGGGUGUAGCUGAUAUGACUACAGCCUCCCACCUCAUUCCAGCACACCAAUAGCUGCAGGGUGGUGGUUCUGACCGAUUUCUGGGGAAAAACACUCUUAGGAAGUGAAUAUCCCACAUUGGUCAUUAUUUUCUUUUUUGGCUUGCAUCAGUGGAACAAUGUUGGCCAUUUCCUGGGCUCUGUGACAGUCACAGAAUCAUAGAACCACAGAUCCACAGAAUUACAGAAUGACUUGGAUUGGAACGAACCUCCAAAAUCAGCUCGUUCCAACAACAGCUCACAUGGUCUGAUAGGGGGGCCCUGAACGGGGCCCCUUCCAACCCCAACCACUUGAGGAUGCUUUGAUUCAAUAAACUGAUUUUCCUGUGUUAAUGACAUCUCUUAUCGGAACACUUCCCCACCAUUUCUCCCACCUGCCCUGUCUGCGCCAUGUGCCUUUGGGAGCAGGACAGGAGCAGACGGCCGUAGGUGGCAAAUCUCAAGACACGACACAGGAAUGCUGGAGGUUACAGUCACAGGGAACAGCUCACAGGCAAACCAUGCUCUUACGUAUGUCUGCAAGCUGCAUCCCCUGAGCAACAAGAUUGAAGAGCCAAGAAGAACUCAGAGCUGGCUCCUGGUCCAGCUGGCUGAGCACCGGCUCCCCGCCGCCUGCCGGGCUGUGCAGGAACGCUCCUUCCUCAUCAUCCAGCUUCUGGGGGCUGAGCACAGGGACCAGCAGUGACACAGCACGAGGCUGAGCUUCCAUUCAGCAUCAUCUGGGCAAACUGGAGAGCUGGGAAGGGAGGAACCUGAUGAGGUCUGACAAGAGCAAGAGUAGCUUUGCACCUGGGAAGGAAAGACUGCAUGCAUCAGUACAGAUCAGGGGAUGAGCUGCUGGAAAGCUUGUGGAGAUGGGCCUGGGGGGCCGGUGGGCAGCAGGGUGGGCAUGAGCCAGCAGUGUGUCCUUGUGGCCAAGAAGGACAGUGGUGUUCUAGAGUAUGUAUGUCCAAGAGUGACACCCACCUCCAGGAGCCCCCAGCUGGCAGCCCCACUGCUGCUGGGUCAGAGGGGGCUGUGCAGAUAUGGGAGGGGAGAGAAGAGACCUCAGCCCCCUUUUCCCUAAGCUCAUCCCACCUGUGUCCAUCAUGUGUGCAGCUCCUGCAAGGAUGCACUGUCAUCUCUAAGCAGCUCGUGCAGGUUGGGUAACAGGCCUGUUGACAAAUGCAGGGACCUCCAAAGCGGAACUUCUUACUAAAGAGAGAUGCACGAGAGAAGCAAAAAUAGAUAUGGUGAUUGUUUCAUAUCCUGUGCCAUUGGGGAGGCUGUGGCCACCGCACUGUUCCACCAUGAGUCCGUGCUGCGAUCAGCCCUUUCUCAGGGGGAAAUUCCACUGCUCUACGCAAGCAGCUGCCCAGAACUGUGCACCCUAUAAAUUGGGCAGUCGCUGAAUGUCUCAGCAUCACAGAGAACAGAGACCUCCAAGCUCCACUUGCACUCUCCAGCUCCUGCAACCACUCCCAGCUGACAUGAAGGUCUCUGUGGCUGCCCUCGCUGUCCUCCUCAUCGCCAUCUGCUAUCAGACCUCUGCUGCACCGGUGGGUUCUGACCCGCCGACCUCCUGCUGCUUCACCUUCAUCUCCAGGCAGAUGCCCUUCAGCUUUGUGACAGAUUACUACGUGACCAACAGCCAGUGCCCUCAUGCUGGUGUUGUGUUCAUCACCAGGAAGGGCCGUGAGGUCUGUGCCAACCCCGAGAACGACUGGGUGCAGGACUACAUGAACAAGCUGGAACUGAACUGAUGCACCAGGAUGGGACGAGCGAGCUAUGGCCAGCUGCAGGCCCUGCCAGAAAUGCAACUGUGACACUGAGCUACCUGAGAGACUGGAAAUGUCCCAGAAUUUGCUUUACUAUUUAUGUAUUUAAUUGUUCACAAUGGAAGGGAGCAGGUGAAACGAUGCCACUCCAAGCAAAUGGGAAGAUUAUUUAAUAGAUAUAUAUUUUUAAAUUAAGAGUCAGGAUUGGAUUAUAUUUUUUGUAUUUAAUGAAUUGUAUUUUUGAUCUAAUAUUUAAUUCAAACAUUGAAAAAUAAAUAUUUUUGUAAGAAA